CUUGUAGGCGCUUACGACAAACAUCCUCGAUUCGGCUGAGCACUGACUCUUUACAUAAUGGUUGUAUUCAGUUUCUAUAUUUGAUAAAGGUCCUUGGCAUCAGCAGUUUCGCAUAUUGAAUACUGCCAUUAUUCCACCUCAGUUGUUACACCUCAAUUGCUAGUGAAAGGGACUGCUGUAAAGGAUGGACGCUCCCCAGGUUGGUAAUUCGAUAUAAACACAUCAGUUGAUUUAAGAUCUGGAAAAUAUAUUUACAACAUCAACUAAUAUGAUGAUUUCAUAUUUGGGUGAAUUGUGCCACGGAUGUAUAUUCUGAGUCUUGCUGAUAACAAUUUUGAUCAGGCCUGGGUACACAAAUUUUCGUUUUUCUGUGUCAACUCAGGUGAAGUAUAAAUUUCUUGAACUCAGUUGCGAUGAGCACUUUAGUCUGAUAAAAAAUAUCAGCUUUGCAAAAUAUGCUGUCACGCUUUGUUUCCCUUUAUUGCCCUCUAUUUUGUAAUAAAACUAAGUGUUUCACUGACCUGCCGACACAUUCUGAAGCAUCUAAUUUGCGAGCAAAUUUCUUCUUUACAUUCAGCUUCACAUCCACAAGGCGGGAUGGACUGUAUUAGUUUUUGGUUUGUUUCUUACAACUUUUGGAGUGUGGUGGACAUGCUUUCUUGUGUCAUAUGCCUUGCUGUUUGUUUUUGGGUGAGUAAAGCAAUGUUUUUUUUCAAAUGAUAUUAAACAACCGACCAAGUAUUUUCCUUUUAGCAAAGAAGGACUGUGUCAGAGAUAAAAGCUCAGUCCUUCCACCUUAUAUGCAUAUUUGCCAGUUGAAAUGUUGUAAAUAUUCACCCAAUUGUGAAUGGAAUACAGUACAUCCAAAGAUGUCUUUGAGCUUUAGAAUAGCAAUGGUUGUCUCUUCACAAAUAUGUUCUUAAGCAGUCAGUGUUAGGGAGACUUUAAUGUGAGCCAGUUGACUUGCUGAAGAUGGAAGUGGAUGUCUUCUCUUUCUUGAAACAGCCAUCAAGAGAAAAAAGGUUUUAUUAAAGAAAAAGGAAAAAAAUGAUUCUUUUACCUUUCGCAUGCUUAAAAUACUUAGUGUGAAAUGUGGUUCUGAAAUGUGUUUUACAACUGCUUUGAAGGUACAGUUAAUAAUGUUUACUUGGCUUGGUAGAUUUGUUAUGGUCCUUGGCUACUGGGGCUAUUUAAUGUCACAAGAGAUGAGGCAAAAUACUUUGGAGGGAGACUUUGGUCCCAUGACAAAGGGACUUGGAAAAGUAAUCCAAGAAAUUCAGCUAAGUAGAAUGGCACUGAAAAUGGACAAGCGACUGACUGGUUCCAGCAUCAUUGAUGAACCAUUACAAGAGGUAAAGUCAUAGUCCAUUAUGCUGUUGUGUUCAUUUUCACAGAGGUGAUAUUUAUUGGUUUGUCGUAGUCAACAAUUUGCAACAAGUACGAUAUAGUACAAUGCAUGAAACAGUUGUAUAAUCAGUAGCUGGAGAUUUGCAGGUCACACUCUUAAUCAAAAUAAUCUCAAGGUUAAGUUUUUCAUAUUUAAUUCUUGUUUCCACCUACAGGUUUUGCAGCUGUUUUUUCGUGAUUAUGUGCAUGACUGGUAUUACAACAGCAUUAGUACAGAUGAAGGCUUCCUUUAUGAUCUUAGACAGACCCUGCAGAGAGCACUGGUAGCUUUUGCCAACAGGUGUAUGUGUGUGAAUUUAAGAUCAACACAGAGGUUUAGGGCUAACAGUAAUUUUCAAAGAAACAAAACGUCAGUCUUAUAUCUGUUCAAUCAAUUUUCACUAAAUCUAAAAUUGUGGCCUGAAAGCCAUUUAGUCAAAUUAUAUAUAAUUUCUGUUAAUAUCUCACUUAAUCAAGGUAAAUUCUUUCAGAGUGUUAAAAUUUUACAUUUUUGAGUGACUAGUUUAUUUUGCAAACUCUUUUUUCUCAAGCUGUGAUGGACUGGACAAUGUGUAGUAUAAUUGGAGAAUAAUUUUUAAUGCUUUCAAUUCUUGGGAUAGUAUUAUCUGUGGAAAUGUCUCUUUUUGCCUCCACUUAACUUAGAAAAGGUUAAUCCAAACAUUUUGUUGUGUUAGAGGGCUUUUUGGAUGUUGGUGUGUUAGAUAAUUUUAACAGUUUUAUUUUUAGGUCCAAAGAUGUUGAAUGGGUGAAUUUCUUAACAACACGAUUUGUUGAUGAUAUCACUAAUCAUUUGAAAAUAUAUCGCAAGACGAAACAGAGAUUAGAAAAAGGUACAUGUAAAUGUAGGAAUCAAUAUUGAUGUAAUGUGAUUUAUUGCCUUGUAAACAGAGUUAACUUUUAAUAAUUAUUAUUCCAACAGUACAUUUCUGUUGGAAAGGCACAAUCUCAAAACAUUAGCUCAUAAUCUUUACUUUUUGUCCUCUGACCUCAUAUCGGACUUUGUGAUAGAGAUUUAUUCUGAAAUCUUUUUGAGAAAAAUCAUCUACACAGUCCCAUCAAAUCAGUUUGAUUCCAUUUAGAAACAUUUUUGGCGUAAUGUAAAUGUAUGUCAUUCCAGUUUCUUCUUGUAUGAACCAGUUUUCAUGAUUUCUUUUAGUACAGACCUUGUAAAUAGAAUUAAAAGUGACUGCAAUAAAUCAGAUUAUAUCAGUGGUGGAGGAUAUUCAGUUUAUCAUAUUUACCUUAGUUUAAACAGUCAUGCAACAUACAGUUUUGCAGUAUGCAAGGUUCCCUAUGAUAGACUCAUGUAGGUUGAAUUUAUUGUAUUUAGUUACUGUUACUAUUAAAUGGAAACAUUUUGUUUGUUUUCUUUCUUAAGCUGAUGAUAAUACAUCACUUGAUAUAGAAACAGCAUUCUUUCAAGUGGAAUAUGAAAUGGAAGGAGAAAUAUGUAGAGAGCAAAUAUGUUUAUCAGAGGGAAAAGAAAAAGGUACUGCUGCAUGGUGUCAUUAAACAAUGCCAUUUUGUUUAUUAACACUAGUAGACCUCUACAUAUAUUUGUCCAAAAAUAAUAGGUAACAAGACUUCAUGUCGUCCAAUUCUGUCUGUAAUCAUACUCAUGAUUAACAAAUCGAACUCCUGCUUUGUGGUAGUCCGAUUUUGUUAAUGACUCAGAUGAUUACAGACUGAAUUGAACUCCACUCUGUCCUGUUACCAUUAUAAAUUGGACUGGUGAUAACCAAUCAUGUUCAAGAAUUUAGUUAUAGUUUGGAUUAAAUAUAAAAAACAGGAAAAAGAAACAGCAGUUAGGAUCCUUUAAGACAACAUGUAACUGUACUGUUUAUGUAUGGGUCUUUAUAGUAAUUUCAGAGGACUUGAAAUGCAUUAAGUUGGAUUCCAACCUUUUAGUUGUUGAGACUUACUAUAAAACAAUUUAAUUUAAUUGCCUGAUGAUGAUCGACUGUAUUACAAGUUACCAUACUUUUAUUGUUGGCAAUAACAGGGCUCAGGCAUAUAAGGGGUGAAUUACGCUAUCCAGCAGAUAAAUGAUAGCAAAACGUAUAGCGUUAUCCACCAGAUAGAGAUUUAGUGUACAUUCCUUUGGGAGAAUCCGGAUCAGAAUUUCUGAUCUGUGGCGUUCCUUUUGAGCAAAUCCAUUUUCAGAUCAGUGAUCUAUCAAAUCCACUUUGGACAAGGAUUUAUUAGAUCACUGAUCUGCAUGAUCUAAAGAUGGAUCAUCAGAUCAUUGAUCCAACUCGUUCCUUUGGGUGAAGGAUCCGAAAUUAAUCAUUUUGCCCAGUGCUGCUCAAUUUCAAACAAGUACCGUAGGUACCUCAUAUAUUGACCAGAAAGAUUGUUGGCAAUUGCUCCACAAAUUCUGCAAUAAACACAAAAUAAAAUCAAUCUGCCACUGAUCACAGGCAUUCAGGGUUCUCAAGUAUCCAUAUCGUAAUCAAUACUUGCUUCUGUUUUCAUUCCAUCGUUUGAGUUUACCAUUAAAAAAUGUGCCUCUGAUGAAUAAUUAGCUAAUUAGAAAAAUUGUGCAUGCUAAAAGCCUGUGCAGUUAGUUGAGCCAUUCAGGAAGAGCUCAAUAACCCAUGUGCAUACACAAGUCUUAAAAUAGCCCCACUUUUGGAAUUCUCUGAGAGCUCGUCUAAAACUCUGUUCCUUUCAUGCACAGUGAUCUGUGUGAUCUUGGAUCACAAAUCCUAAUCUGGAUCCUUUCAAAGGAAAGCACCCUUUCCCAAUGGAUAGCAUUAUCUGAUCUUUGAACAACCGGGGCCAGAUCAUUAAUGUAACUGCAUGAGUGUAUGAGUACUGUGCUGUAAGUUUAAAUGACAAAUGGAUAAACAUUUAAAAAAACAAAGAUCCGACCAUUAAACCCUCAAAAUUAUUUAUUAGGAGGAUUGUUUUCUUAACUUGCACAUCAUCAUUUCAUGGACAAACUGUAUCUUUCAGACUACCUCUCAGACAUCAGUGAAAUGCUGCUUUAUUUACUGCUGCCCCCUGAAGACUUUCACAACAAACCAUUCAGAUACUUUUUCAGGGUGAGAGAAUUCUAAUGUUACUAACUGCCCAAGAGUGUUAUUAGCUGGGACUGUUUUAGUUUUUAUAGGAAAAAAAGUUAUGAUGUUUGGUUAUCAAAUGGCAAUUUUUUAAAAAUGUGGAACUUGGAAUAUUGAUUUACAAGAACAGUGUAUGGCUCAUGACCCAAGGUAAAAACUUGCACAAUAUUGAUAUUUCUACAGAAGGCGUAGUAAGGAAAAACUGAUUUUAGUGCUAGCAUCCACUUUCAAUUUUAAUGCCUGACAUGUAUUUGAAGCCAGGUUUAUGUUUACUCAUGCAGUUUUUUGGAAUAAGCAUCCAGCAGCAACAGAGAGGUUUUUGUAAAUUUAGAAAAUAAGUAAUUUUAAUUCAGAAUGACACCUGGCAUUCAAAACCUUGAAAAUCAUUAUCACAGUCUUGUUAUUGGGCUCAUCCAAUCAUGAAGAGUAGGGUAGGUAUCAGGAAUUAUAGGAGAAUUCUGUUUCACAGAAACACUGAAAAAGUCAGAUAAUCAUCUUGUUUAUAUUAUUAAGAAUAUAUCUAUGUAUACAUAUAUGCAAACCAUAUAUAUAUAUAUAUAUAUAUAUAGCUGUAUACUUAGAUAAUUAUUCUAGAUCAAAGAGUGUAGCACUUGUGAAGCAUUCCUCUACAGGUUAUGCUAUAACAGCAAGGAUAACCAUUCAUUGGCAAACUCUUGUUCAGUAGGAGUAUCAACAGUCACAAUAGCAGCAGCAUCUCAUGAUUGAUCAGGCCCAUAAUGCAGUCUCAAAAUUAAUCACACACUUUAAAUGCAUGCAUGUACAUUGUUGUGAAUUUUAAUUCUUUUACUCUUCUCCCAACAGGAAAUGAUUGCUACUUGUGUACUGUUUCCAACAGUGUCCAUGAUUUGUGACCCAGACUUCAUUAACCAGACAUUAGCUUGGCUGGUUAGUUGAAAAACACAUCUGACAUGUAGUUCAAUAAACAUGUAUCAAAUUGUUUACUAUAAAAAUUGUUUACUAUAAAAAAGAACAGCAGCUUUAAUUUCAAGAAAUUGUUGAUUACAUGAAGUGACAAUACAUGGUAUUUGGCCAGUAGAUGAUAUCAAGUCACUACAAGUAACUGUGCUAGUGGUGAACUGGUUGUCCCUGGUAGUCUGUAAAAUAUUCAGGAGUGGAAAAUAAUGUAGUCUUGUAGGAUACAUGCAUUAACCCAUGUUAGAUUGAUUCAUAGGGUAAUAUUUACCCCUAUCUCUGCUCAAUGUAACACUGAUUGGUAAUAUUAAGUCACGUCCUUCUUCUUUGUAUAGUGCAAAGACUCUACUUUUACUAAAGAAGCCUUCAUGACAGUUAUUAGGUGAGGUUGUGAAGACUUUCACAGGAAUAUUAAAGCUUGCUUGUUGUAAGAUAACAAAGUUAUCCACAACCACAUUUUGAAACUGGUGAAUGUGGAUAAAGAGACUACUAUGAGCUCCAAGAUGACAUGAUAAUGCAUGUGAUGGCAUACAACUUUUCUGGGUAGAAUAUGAUAAUUACCUAACCAGACAGAUAAACAACCAGUUCAUGCCCAAAAUAUUAUUUAUAGUGUCAGAGUUUGCCUUUAAGGGAAGGAAUCAGUGCUGUAGAAGAUGUUGAGGGAACAAAAGAUAAAGUUGACUUAGAGAUUGCCAAGUUAAGAGCACAUGAUUCAGAGACAUCAGGUAUCCUGCUAACAUGGUUAACUUGAAUUCUUUGCUGAUCAUAAUUAUUGAGAGUUAUGAUAAUUUUUGUUUCAUUGAAUGUGAUAAUGAUAACAAGACAACCACAACAUGUUUGUUCCAAAUUUAUCACUAUUUGUUAUUAACUUAUAUAAAAUUAUAAUUAAUCACCAGAUGCAGCUGAUACUGCAGUGAGGCAACAGUUAAGCAGCCUAAUCUUUGUUAAGAAUAUUUGUGAAGCAAAGAUUAGAACUCUAAAGUAUGGUAUUGGAGAACUACCUUCCUUACCUUCGGUAAGUAGAACAGAAACUGUAUCUUCAGUUUGCCAUUGCCACUAUUAGUGCAUGUAGAAAUGUGCAAAUUUGACUGGUUCAAGAUAUCUGGCUACAGUGUAAGUGGGUCUUUUGUAGCAAAACAAGUAAAUUAAUAAUCAAAUGAUAAAAGAAUCUUCAAAGCCAAAAUUAUCUGGAAAACUUUUGAGAAUUGUUAUAAGCUUAAAUUUUUUGAGUAUGAUGCUUCUCAAUCAAUAGAUUUAUUUCACCAAGACUAAGGUGUUAAGAUUGUUUUUCCAUGUUUCAACAAAGGAGGAGUAUCCAUUUUAUGUAAAAUUCAUAGGAUAUAAAACUUCAAGAAAAUAAUUCAGGGGAAAAUUAUAGAAUUAAAUUUGUUUUUGAUUUGAGGAUAGUUUGUUUGUUUGUUUGUUUGUUUGUUUGUUUGGCGAUCUACAAUUGGCUGUGACCCUGCAUUUGAAGGAAAUGUUUUUAAAAAAUGUUGAUUUGUUAACUUGAUGAUUGCAAGACAUGUUGAGCAGAAUAAUUUGAAAACAGCUGUAAGGGUGUUAUAGGACAAACCUUUCAAUGGUAAAUAUUAACUUAUUAAUCUUCCUUGUAUAAAUUUUUGAUAGUGAGACAAUUAAAAAGGUUCCUUGUAAAUUCUAAGUUGUUCCGGUUACUAGGAAAAAAAAGAAUGGGAACAGUUCCCAACAUACAUAUCGCAGGAGAAAGAGACUGCUGCACAGUUUUUGUACUUGUUUUGUAUGGUAGAAUCAAUUUGAUUAACAUAAAUGGCCAUGACCAUCUUUUGCUUGGUUAUCCAACAGGAUCAGCUUGAUGAAUUGAGCAAACUUCUGUCACCCAAUCAGUCUCUGCCUGUUCUUCCACUUCAAGUUAUUUUGGAUAACAAUACAGCCCUGUCUUACUUUAUAGGUGCGUGUAACAAAUGUUAUAAUUGUAGUCAAAAUCUCAAAAUAAAAACUUAGCUGUGCUAUUCGAUCCCUAUUAUAUUUCAACAAGUAAAUUGUGGUAUCAAAGUUAAUUGUGCACCCUUGAGUAAUAUAUUCCUAUUGUGCAGGCUGAUGACUGGUAUAUGUUUCUGUUGAUCAUGAAUGCUUACAGAGGAAAUUUCUUGUUACACAAUAUAAAAAUGUUGUAGAAUAAUUGGUUUGUGUGUCAGCUGUGCUUUCAUUAAGAUAUGAAGCAUGUGAGAAAGUGAGGGAGCACUCAACAAGCUAGGGUGUCAUCCAGGUGCUUCUGUCAUUUCAAUGCUCCCAAGGGGAAUGAUAAGUUUUCCAACAUACACCUGUAGAUAGCACAGUAAUGGGGACAGGAGUUGCAGUGGACAAAAGCCAGAUGUUCAGCAGGUACUCUAAGUCAUCAAGACCGAACAGUCUGAUGAGACUCCCUCAGAAGUGCUUGGAGAUGCAUCAAUAUGAUCUUCAAAUUUGGCAUCAUCAGCACAGCCUAAAUUCCACUUGCUGUUUCCUUUCAGCUGAGCACUUUUGAUAAAUGCGUAAACUAUCAGGUUCAUUCACUGGGUAGACAAACCUUUCUCUGGAUUCAAUGAACUUGUUUUCUCCACACAUAAAAGGCAAGACCAAAAUGUUUAGCACUUUUUGAAAUGGAAAGACAAUACUCCCCUGCUGAGUUUUUUUGUCUGUACACAUAGUUGUUUUACAGAUCAUUGCCAGUGGUAAAUUUGUUUGAGGUUAUUUGAAGGAGGCCACAGAUUAUCAGCGUUUCUGUUAUUGUACAUGUAGAGUGUCACCCCCUAUAUGUGAAGCCUGUUAUUAUUAUUUUCUUAAUAUUGUCAUUAUUAAUUUUAAUUAUUCAUAAUAAUUAUAAAUUUUUUAGGGUUCCUCUUUUCUUGCAGAGUUUAUGAACAGUAUCAACGGACAAGUGUAUCUUUACUUUUGGUUGGCAGUUGAGGUAAACCUUUCCUCUUUUAUCCAAGACACCAAUACUUGCAUAGUCUCUGGUUUGACCAGUGUACCAGAUUGAACUCUCAGAACUUGAAGCUCUUAAUGGGUGUUGUUUAAAAAUAUCAACAAUUUUAAGGGUUAAUGUAUUCUGAUAAAAUAAAGCAAUUCUUGAAACAAAUUGUUGUGCUUCACAUUUUCCACUCUAUUUGCUUAUCUUUUUAAAUGAGAGAAAAGAAUGGAAAGCAUUUUUUCAAAUUAUAGUUCACUGUAUGGAUGUCUAUGCACAAGUUACUUUAUAGUAAAAUGAAACUUGACCAGCUCCUGAUGCUGUGAAAAUGCUAAUCUCAAUGCCAACUUAAGGAAGAAUUCUAUCUGCAUGCUGGCAAAUUUAGUGAGAAGGAACAGCAAUGAGCAGUUACAUGUGCAUUAUACAUUGGAGAGAAAAUAGCCCUCUAAGAUUUGAGUCUUUCUUUGAAAAGUCAGAAAAUCGUAGGUAUUAUGGACAUCAGAAAAUAGUUAUUGAAGAUUCUGAAGUCAUGUAAAAACCUAAGAAGGGGAGAAGAAUUCCAAAUUAGUUGGAGACAACUAAUUAAAUGUUGAUUGUGUUAUAAAUAUUGAGUUAUGUAAUGGCCUUUUCACUGUAACUUAGUCAAUCAUAGUAUUGUCAGCUUCAAAUUCAUAUUGUGAACCCCGUCUCUACUCCUGUCAGAGUUAAAGUUCUAAACCUGAAUGUGGUGUUUAUUCAGUGUUUUUAAUAUUUGCAGUAUAUCCUUUUUUGGCUAAGGUUGCAUGGAUUAUUAAUAAUUGGAUAAGACAAGUUAAUUUUUUCUUGUGUUGCAGAGUUAUCGUGUAACUGCUGAGCAGCAGCUGUCACUGUGUUUGGAACAGCUGCUAGUCAGGGAGAGUGAUGGUGGAGACAAAGUACAGCAUUAAGAUUAUUUCUAGUUAUACAUGGGGGCAACCCUUAAAUUACUUCAACUCUUGCAUAAUGCAUAGCGCAAAGAUACAAACACAUAAUGGAAAGAUACAAAUACGUAAAUCAAAGAUACAAAUGUAGGCAUGCCAGGCAUGCAAGAGUAAUUUUUUGACAUGAGUGAGCUGGGAUGGGAAAUUUAGAUAUUUCUUUUCUUUGUAUUUGUGUUUUCUAAAAAGUCUUUUCAUUUGUGGUUAUCUGCCACAUUCAUGGUUAUGGUAGUAGAGUAAGAGAAACUUAAUUAUUCAUAAUAAUUAUAAAAUGAAAUCGUACAAGAAGGUGAAGAUGUGACCUUUGCAGGUGAGCUGUAAUCAAAGAAAUUGCAGAAAAGAAGACUGAUAAAAUUCUGGCUUUGAAAGGAUUUGAACAACUGAUUAUACAUACAUUUACUUCUUAAAGUACAAAAUCUGUUUUUUGUCACUUUGUGUGAGAAAAGGUAACAGACAACAAUUUACUCUUGCUUUGAGCAUUAGUUUUGUAUCCAAAUACCCUAGAAGCAAAUCUAAAGUCUUGUGAGGGUUUCAUCCAUUUAUAGAUUAUCUGGAUACCCAGGUAUCCUUUAUAUAGAGCACAGGUCAUUUAAAGGAAUGAUUACUUUUUGCUCUCUUUCUUUGUUAGGAGCAUUGUAUGGUUGCUGAAGAUUUGGAAGUGUUAAGAUUGGCAGCUCAAAAUAUUUUUGAUGAGUACUUGUCAGAAACGGUAAGUACUCAUUUGGAAACGUUCUUGGAUUCAUGUUGUAUUGUGUCCUUAAAGAGGGUUGUGUUUUUAGUACAAAAUAAAUAUUGUUGUAGCCACCCAUUGCCAAAACAACAGAAUGUUUCUUGAUUCACCAAUAAUAAUAAAGCAAGCUAACAAAAUUUUUCUCAGUUUUUGAAGCAUAAGGCAAUUUAUGUUAGUCAAUGUUCUUUUUGGUGAACUUCUAGGCCAGCCCCAGAGUUGUGUUAGCGAAGGAGUUACCAAAGAAAAUUUUCAAGCGUAUUGCACAGGAGGAACCAUCCCCAAGUUGCUUUGAUGACUGCCAGGCACAGGUGAAAAUUGAGCCAAAGAAACAAAAAAAGCUGCUUAUUUUCAGUUUUAAAAUAUGUUUGUAACCCUUGCAUCAAGCAGUGCUCUCCAUGUUUGUGUGGUUUGUUAACAUAUUCAGACUAAAAGUGGAAUUUAUCAUCAUAAUCAUCACAUGUCAGUCAAGUACAGGCACAGUGUUCCUUCCACUGGCUAAUGAGAGUUGACAGGAUGAAAGGUUGCUUAAAACAAGUCACAUCUAGUUUUGAUUUGAUCUAAUAAAGGUGUUUAAUCUGCAGUGAAAUCGUGCUAUUGAAGAAUGAAAACAUCACCAUAGUAUCCUAUACAGGGCCACAGCCAAAGGAGUAUUUUUGCAUGCUAUAAUUAUUGUCUUUUUUAAAUGGGGCAGGUUUAUGAAAUCCUUGGAGGAGAAUCAUAUUAUGGGUCUUUCCUGAAAAGCGAAGCCUAUGUGAGGUGUGUAAUGCCUGAGGUCAAGUUAAGUGUCAGUAGCUUACAGAAAUAUAGAAAAUAAGGCAAAUGGUUAUUGAAAAUACAUAUACAUGGGUUGGCUGUAGCAUUAGGAUAUAUUAAAGGACACUUGUCAUGGGUUUGGUAGUAAUGCUUGCUCACGAUGAUUAACAUGAUUUGCUUGUAAUAUAAAUAGUGAGAACUUUCUUUAUAUCAUAGAUGUCUUCUGGAUUUGGAAAUACCUCUAGACAAACCAGGUAUGUUUGAAAUAUGCCAAAUUUUGUCACCCUCUUAAGGGUGUCCUACUGCUGAGCAUGUUAAAAAGGUUUUUAAUGUUAUUAUGAACAAACAAACAUUGACAAUAUCUAUAGCAGAUAUUGCAUUUUUCAUGUCAAAUUCAAAGUUUGCUUAGUCCAAAACCCCUCUUUCUUUUCAUGUGCUCAAACUUUCCCAGACUCAGAGAAUGUCUUCUUUAUUCUAAAAUGUUUAGUAAAACAAUUAUUGGAUGAUGCUGAGCAUGAAUCAUUAAACCUCAUAUUUCUGUUAUUUGCCUCAGCCUUUGGCUUCAGCAGAUAAUUCAGGCUUCAGUUUUGAUAAUUUAUGAUAUCAUGUUCAACCUCAUCCAGUAAUUGCUCAAUACAUGUUGUGGGCUGACAUGAACUGGUGUCCAACCAGCUACAAAUGAGUCAGGGUCAUGGUCUUGAGAUUUAUGAGUCUAUAGACACUUAAAGAGGAUACCCAGUAAGUCAUUGGUCAGCCAACAUAAGAAGUGGUUUAUCUGUGAACACUAUAUGGUGAUAAUUUUUCUAUUCAUCUUGAGUAGUUGUCAAACAUUAUUUGAGAUAAAAAAUUGCUAUCACCUUUUCUGAAAGGUUUAUCCCAGUGUUGAAAAUGAAAGUGUUCCUUAUGCCCCUGAAACAAAUGAUUGUCAAAAAAUGUAUCCGCUCUUAUAAAGUUUUAGUUACACAACAUCUCAGUUUUUGUGUAGGUAUCCACUUAAAGAAUGCCUCCUUAAAUUAAGAUUCCUGCCCAGUAGAUAUAGAUCAGGUUCCUGCUUUUUUUGGUACAUACUACUUUCUUUGCAGGUCAGCUUAAUUCAUGAGAGCUAGGUGACAUGAUUGUGGGAACUGAUUGAUAUAGCUGAUUUGAUUGAAACAGAUUUCAAGUCUAUAACUUCAUUUUUUUCUGUUUUUCAGAUGACAAUGUAGUGGAUGAUGGUAAUUUUUUUUGUCAGUUAAUUUUCACCUUUAAUACCACCUUUUAGAAUGCUAUUGGAGAUUUUAGGUAUAACUAAGAACACUUCUCUCUUAUAUCAUCAACUGUACAUAGUACAUGUUGGCCGCGGCCCGCCAAGUUAUUUAAAUUGAUUAUUCACAAUAUGUUUCAGAUGAUGCUGCCAGUAUCGACAGUGAAUUUUCCCAACCUGAGGUUUGUUGACAAGUUUAUUACAGCGAAAGAUCUAUAACUAGCAGACAAUCUCUGAUCGGAAAAGCGAUUAAUGUCCUUUGACACCAUUUGGUGAUUAAUACAAGUGGAUGGUUCUAUGGGUACAUAAUAAUUAGUCCCUCAAAGAUUUCUAGGUGAUUGCUAUGAGUGGACUAAGGUAGUCACGAAUAUUUUGCAAGUAUUAUUGAUGUUGUUUACUGAAGUGCACUACGUGUCGAUACGUAAGAGAAUAAACACAACCAGACCAGGAGUAAUUCUGCAAAUUUUUUUUUUCACAUGGUUCACAUUGUCAUACUGUUUAUACUUUGAUCUUUGUCAAUCAAGUUUUCAUACGAAGUUCUGUCAACCACUACUGACAAUGGAAUUAAAAAAAAUUAUCAUAUUCAUCAGGAGAGUACGUUGGCCGUAAAGCUGUGGACCCCUGAUGAUGACAUAAGACUGAAUGCUACCAUCACUCAAACUGGUACUUUUUGCGUUAGUUUUCAUACUUACUUAAAAAACAGUUCAUUUUGUGCCUACUGUGCCUUCCUUCUAGAAGGCUGUAGGCACUAUGGACACAAUUUUUUGUUUGGUUUGUGAAAAAAUCUGUCAUCAGUUUAGUGAGACAAGUGCGCUCGGUGAUUUUUUUUUCAUACCGAAACUUGUCAAGCCUCACCAAUCCUGAAUGGCGCCUCAGAGCAGGACAAAUUUUAGUCAGCCCUGUGCGCCCGGGCCUUAUGUUAUGGUGUCGUUCAAGUCCGUAAAUCUUCCCUCAAGCCCAUCGCAGUUUUCAAAAUGGCUGACCAUCGUCACACACUCGUAACAUCUCUUGUGACUCGUCCUGGUUCAGUUCCGACACUGGCCAUCGUUGAACGAAUCUGAUCGGGUUUCUUCGGAUUCAUAUUUGAAUUUUUCGUGUUUCGUUUAAUUUUUUUUGCGGGCGUCACCUCUGCAUUUCGACAUUGUUAUCGAUUUGAACGUAAGCACAUGUGGGUUUACUCUGAACAUAUCUAACAAAUCUUAGAAGAAAAAUUUACGUUGAAGAAAAAUGCACCACAUUCCUUUUUUACUGCAAUACACUACAACCACCCAAAAGUAGGCACAUGCAGUCACAGGCUGCCUUUUUUUUUUGGUGAUUCAAGUCUCCAUAUUUUGACCUCGCAAAAACGAUGUCCACUUGACUUCAAUUUUUUUGGUAAUUUAACAAAGUCCAGGAUCUAUCCGAUUACUGAGCUCAGCAUUACUAUUAACUGGUCUGAAAUACUUUUCAGGAAAAGUUCGUAAUGUUAAAAUACUUACUUCUUGUAGGUGCUUGUAAAGAUGAUGGCAAAACGUACGCCUUGUACACCAUCAACGUUUAUCGCGCGUCUUCAGAGGGAACAAAAUCUUGGACAGUUUUCAGACGAUACAGUGAUUUUGAUGAUUUACACCUGCAUCUAAAGGAAAAGGUGAGCCAUUUGUUGUUGUAACCAUCACUUGACUUUUUCUAAUGAGAUGUUAUUUAGGGUUGCAGUAUUCAUUUGUAACAUGAACAAAUUACGUAAUUAGUGAUUUGAAAAUGAAGACUCAGAGCUGUCUAAACAUGACCCCUUUUUUUACAUUCAAUUGUUUUAGAAAACUUCCAUGGAUAGUUUAUUUAUUUGCUUUUUUUAUUUUUCUUUACAAUCUUGAUUUGGGGAAAGGGUCAUUCACGUACUGUCAGAAUUGCGGGGAGGAGGGGGUGGGGGUAGGGGGAAGGGCCAAACCUUCCCUCAUGUUAUAUCGGUGUUAUUUUGUUCAUUCAUUUCACCUUUACAGUUUGGCUUGAUCCCCAGUCUUCUUCUUCCUGGAAAACGAACGUUUCACAACUUGGAUAAAAAAUUUCUUGAGAAAAGACGGAUUGCUUUAGACACAUAUUUACAGGUGAGAGAUCAGCAUUCAGUUGAGAUUUCAGUUUUACUUUGUUUAUGACUCUAGAGAACUAUUGCGCUGACUAGAACUUACAUGUUUGGGAAAUGGAGUUCAGAUCAGUGUGAGGCCAUGCUUCGAGUAAGGAGAGUUGUGCCCAUUGCCAUGGGAAGAGUGAAUCAUACCAUACUUAAAAUUUAGAUGGAAUUCCAAAAAAGAUUCGAUCCUCAACGAAGUUAGGGUAAAGCAACUUUGUUAUCAACUCAGCGAAGCUGCGUUGUAGCAUUUUAACACACUAGUAACUGAUUACGGAAACAUACCUAGUCUUCUACCAAUAAGUUUUUCACGUUCAUGAAGUUUUACUUUUGAAUCGGUCUUUGCAGAACCUUUUGUCCACAGAAACUCUUGGCCUACAUUUGGGUAUGUUUGAAAUCGCAAACAACUUUCUGAUACCUGGACCAUAUGCUCGUGAGAAGGGACAGUUUGCAAGAAAGGUGUGUCUACAACUUCACCCUAUCAUGAUCAGAAGCACGCUACGCCAGAUAUCUUAUACGCAAUUUUUCAAUUUUUUUUAUGAACAAUAUCAAGCUUCAAUCGUCACAUUUUGCAAAAAAAAAAUGUUUCACAGAUUGACUCCAGGCCUUAUUACAAAUAGCAAUUAUUUGGUUGUAGGAUUAUCCUUGUGAACCUGUGGAAAAUCAUUUGGCAGGUGAACGAUUGACCUGUGUUUAGUCUGUUUAAAAUCCGUUAGAUUUAUUUGCACGCACACGAUUGCUCUAAAUGUGUCAUUUCAAAUUAAAUUGUAACAAAAUUCAGUUUCAAACGGAUAUAUCUUUUCAAACGGAAGUUGGGGAAUAUCUCAACCUUGGAUGCAAGGUUUGGAAAAUUUUGUCUAUCUCUGUCGAUAAAUGCACUCGCCACCUUUAUCACCCACGUCUAAUGCUGACGUAAAAGUUGUCUACAACCGACAUUUUCAUUUUCGUUAUCACGUCUUUAAAGGGGUAAUGGCGGGGCUGAAAACAACUUUGUAGGUUUUAGGUCAACUUCUGAUGAAUUUAAAAAUUUUCGUUAACGUUUGUGUAGUUUGUAGGCUUAAUGUGAACUUCCCAGUAUUCCAGAAAGUGCAUUCAGAUUAUUAAGUUUUUAGCGUUGUCUCCUGUUAAUGCUUUGUAUUGUGUUGUUUUUCACAGGUCGAUACCCUCGUGGCUCCUAUUCGUCAUGUAUCCCAUGCAAUAAAGACAGUACCAGACAGUUUGUCAGGAGGGGUACAAAAGAUUUUCACCAAGGUACGGCUUAUACAUCUCGUUUGUCGGUUGGUUUGAUAUCGAUUACAAAAUAAUCAAAUCUACAAAGUCAUAUCUGCUACAUCUUAGAGAGACACAUGUAACUUGCGUGAAUGUUUGACAUGUAUGCUGUGGAAAAUCCCCAAAUGGUAAUCAAAAAAGUUAGAAAUGAAUUCCUAAGAUGUUGCUCAGUAGUUCUUAUUUAAGCUAUAGUCAAAUAUUAUGGUGAUGCAACUUCAGAGAGGCCUUGUUGACCCUUUGCCUCCACAUUUUUCAGCCAGGGAAUAGACGUGACUUAAAGGAAGACACAAGACAGUUUUAUGCAGAAAUUGACCUAGAGGUGAAAACUCUGUUUAUUUGGAGGCUCAUUGUUUUUCUGUUGUUCUACACUUUCAAUGUUUUUCCAUGAACCAAGACUUAUAUAUUAUUUUUUUCCAUAUUUGGUCUUUGGCAUGAAGCCAGGUCCUAUGGUUGGUUUUUCUCGGGACGCUGAAAUGUGAAUCACCAACAGAAGUCUUUCAAGGGACUCCCUAAAUUUUCAUUCUUUUUGUAUGAUUUUCUUGGGCACUUACAGCAUUAAAACACUCUGCUCGACCGUCAAUCGCUGUUCCAUAUUUGUGCAUCAAAAUGCCUGAUUCAUAUCAUAGUGUUCCAUGUUAGACAAAAGAUCAAGUAUGAGUAAAUAACAGGUAACUAACACUUCAUACACUGCUUCGAAUUCAUGGUGGGUAAACAUAGAUGUUUUGCUAUUUUUUCAGGAAGAUGAUAAUAUUCCUCUGAGAAUCUUGUUAUCACUCAUGGACGAAAUAUUUGACCUGAGACAAAGGUAAGAACUCAGCGACAAAUCCAACUCCCAUCUUCGCUCAUAAAAGGACCUCUUGCAUUUGGUUCUGUCAAUGAAAUUUCAAAUUAACGGAUGAGUAGAACAAACAGGUGAAGUAAAUAGUUGGUUCUUAGCGCUCUGUAUAGUUCGAUCACCAAAUGCUAAUUAAUAUUCAGUGAAAAGAUUUGGAGAAAUCCCGGCUUCUUUAUACUGUACUUUUCCCUUUGUGCUGAUCGACUUAUGUCUUAUGUCAAAUACAUGUUAUGGUGAACUCGUCAGUUAAAUUUUUCCUCAUUCAGAAAUCUGUGGCUGAGGCGCCGUAUCAUUGUUUUCCUGAGGCAAAUAAUCCAAACAACUUACGGAGACAGAAUAAAUCGGUAACUUCUCAGAGUUCUUGAUCAAUGUUUGUUUGAGUUAGUGAUUUUGUCGUAUUGUUAAUGUCUAAAGCCUUAUUUAUCCAUAUCCAGUCAUCUGAUCAAGGGAACAGAUAUUUGUAUCUAACGGGGAUCAAUGUUCGCAUUAAUUACAUCAUGGCACAAAUGGCUAUAAUUUUAAUAUUAAGUAUACCGAAUUUUACCAAUCAUUUUGAACAAAUUGGUGAGCAUAACGAUGGUGAUAAUGGACCGGUAAGACCAACUGCUGCCGUUGAUCCUUUUGUGCGAGAGACUUUCUAAAAUUCGUUUUCACAGGAAAAUCGUCGACUAUGUCAAUUACAUGACUUCAGCAGAACAGAUUGCAGAAUAUGUUAAACUCUUUAGGUGAGUAAAAUGUUAAUAAAAUCAUUACGAGGAAGCUUUUCCAUCGAAUAUAUUAACUGCUGCGUAAGAAUGACCAAAGAAUUGGGAACUUUCUCCACGCGAUUGUGAUAAUAUUUGACGGUGGAACCCUCCACCGAUUGGAGGCACCGAUGUUUAAUUAAGAAUUAGUUUACAACAUUAAGAAGCAGAUCGUCGUUGUCCCUUUGUAGCUACUUACUGUAACGAUACUUUGAUGUGUUUCCCUUGAGUAAGUUUGAUUCACACCAGUUGAAAACCUUCGUAAAUGUAGUGAUCGUCAGCAUAAAUGGAUAAAUGUUAAUUGAUGUUUUGGCUAUGGUCGUUUGGAAAAUGUUCCGUCGUAACGGUCCCUGGACCCAAACUCUUUUGCCCCAGACAGACCCUUCUCCAAGAGUUCGACUGAAACACAUAGUCUGGUUAUUUUGAUCGCAAUAAUUUUGAUGCUGUAAUAAAGAGAUACCGUAAUGAUUCGUUUUGUCGCCCUCCUUCCAAUAAGCGCCCCCUGUCUGACAAGCGCCCCCCCUCAAAUUUGUCUUUAUUAAUAAACGCCCCUAUUGAGUUAGCACCCUCAUUCCGAUAAGUGCCCCUUUUCUGUUUCAGUGAUGGCACCGUUAGUAUAAAUGUACAUUGGGAUCAACUGUGUUUCAUCUUCGUUUAAUUGCUUACACAUAGCCUCACAAAAAAAAAUUGUGGCCUGUCUGUUGGAUACAUUUUAUACCACUUCCUCAUUCUUUGUUCCGAGUGUAGGUGAAAAAAGAUAAAAACCAAAAACCUAUUUGAUCGAAGAGGUCUUUGGAUUCGACGUGUUUAAAAACGAGUGCAAGAACUUAACUACGACUAAACAGCAGCUGUACUUUACAGCCAAUUAAAUUUAGUUGUGUGUUUGAUGUGUUUCAGAGACUCCUACUGGCCUGGUGGAAUUUUGGCCGAAGCUUCCCAAGAAAGAAAAAAAGAUGUCAAGAUUAGGACACGAGUGGCUGCUAAAACAAAGAUUUUCGGGAGUAUUCCCGGUGAGCAAGGCAAAGAGUUCAGUAUGUUAAGCAAUUCCUAGGUUCAAGGACUGUUUGGGGUCCACAAUACCUGACUGGUUCGUUAAAGUCACGGAAGACAAAUCCAGUUAUUUUUUUUAUAGCUUUGCCGACAGAUUUACUUUUGUAUUUCGCGUCCCUCAGUUUUGCUCUUUGUUUUGGCUCUCAAACAGUGGAUACGAGCGAAAGAGCGGUCAAACCACAACGCUCUUCUCUUCCACAUUAUGUCGCGCAUCCGCUUUUUUGAGCCUAGAAAGUGGUAACUUGCACAAAGAAAACCCCAAACAACAUUAGUCCUUGGGUUAAUUCUUAAACCAGAGAAAAUCCAAGUUUAGCGUGAAAUACUGGAUUUGUUCUUAUUGCCGAACGUAAUUUGUCCCUUCAAGUUCGCAGUUUUCCGAGAGCGAAGCCUAAGGAAAACUGUUCGCUUCCCACAACAGGUAAUGUCUGCGGACAAGAGUUUAUGUUCUCUUCUUCGCACCGAAUUUAAAAAAAUUUAUCUUACACUGUCUUAUACAAUACCUAAUUACCGUUGAUGUUAUCAAUAAUUUUUCACAGAGGAACUUAAACGUUUCCUUGGUUUAGAAGUAACAAUGGAAGGAGUUUGUUGGUAUGUUUGAUUCUCUUCUUUAUGAAUUUAAACUUGCGGUACGCCAAUUCUAUUGAAAGCAGUUUUUUUUUCACGCGAUUUACUGGGCUUUGAAUUUUAUUGCUUGAUGCUUAAUGCUGACCAGUACAAAAGAGCAUUUUAUCAUUCAGGAACCUAGUGCAUGCUAUUACUUCAGGUUUACCCAUGAGAAAUUUUUAUCGAUGUAGGUACUUUAUUGCUGUUUGAAGACUCGAUUUCAUCCUGUAUAUUUGAAAUAUCAUGAAGUAAUUUUCAGUCCUUGGCUUUCUGACCAGUUCAUUAUCUAAGUGGUUCCUUUCCUUUACAGUGUGUUCGACACCUUUCAGUACUGCAGCCUAAACAAGCGUCUUCUCUAUGUACUGUGUGAAGGUAUUCUGGAGUUGCUUUUCCCUGACAACAAGUUUAACAGCAUUUUUCACAAAAUUCAUGCCAAACCGAAGGUGUGAUGACAGCUGAGAUGAGAAUGCUUUGAUAUUACAUGUUGCUGGUGUGAGAAACCCGCCCAAGCUUUACUUAUGUGUUACUUGUCAGAGAAACGAUGUCAUCGUCAAGAACGCGGGGUAUGCCGGGAGCAUGUAGACUCUGUUGAUGCUCUGUGGACGCUCUACCCAAGCCUUUCCUAGCAACGACUGGGAAUAAGUCUUCUCUAUUUUUUCAUUUCGUGGAGAUUCAUUUAGGGCAAAGCUAACGUGAUUUCUGAACAACAAGAAGUCCCGUCUCAAGGGUACUUGUAUGUUUUCCUUUUUUCCUUUGUUCAUCUGUGAUGAUGUAACAGUUAAAAGACGCUGAUGUCCUGAUGAGUUAAAUUUAAAUUUUCCAGGUGUCUUUUAACGCGAAAGCAACAUAAUUGUACACAACGAAAUAAUAUAUCAUUAUUUUUGGAGAAGAUUAAUUUUUGAAACUAUUAGUAAUCCAAGUAAAACAAAGACGAAGGUUACUUUCCACCUUCAGAGGCCGAAAAAAUCGUUUUUUUCUUUUAUUUGACUACACUGACUUCAAACAUUUUUCCGAGCGUUUCCAAGAAAAAUAUAUUCUGA